AUGGAUGUAAGAUCAGGACUCACUAACCAAGCAACUAAGAUAGGAUGUAAGAAAGAUGUGAAGUUUGAAGCCGACGAUGUAUGCUGUUUAAAGUCCAAUCCUACUUUGGUGGGACAUGUCUGCAGAACUGACCAUGAUGCUGAUACCGAUGAACCCCUGAACCUGAGUACAUGCUUAAUCCUUUCUUAUACCCCCGUUCCACAGAAGGACUUGGAGGAGUUCCUGGAAAGUGGAGUACCUCCAAAAGGGUAUGUUUUUGUUAGCUUCCCGGAGCCCUCGCAGGGAAACUCGCUCAUACAUGAGAGCGACCUUGAACUAGUCGAUCGCACUUUGGAUCUUGGCGACACUGUCAAGCGGCACUCAGAUGACACAAUCAGCGGUACGGUCAUCAGUACCUCUGCAACAUGUAGCCUUGAGCCAAUCGCUUAUCGAACGCUCGAUUCCAAGACUGGAGAGUAUGGCUCUCUCAACUUCGCCGAAAAGGUCAUCAAGCGGGAAGGCAGUCUAGCAAUUGAGAACGAUGCCACAAAACCUCCACUUCUGCAUGAGAUUCCAGUAGUAGAACUCAAGAAAUACGAAGAAUUUUCCGAAGGCGAUUAUAUUGUCUACCGGCAGAAGCUUGGAAUCAUCCAUGGAAUUGAUCGUGAUGCCAUACUUCUUCUUCCAAAUCAAAACGUUGUAUCUCCCCUCGAUCCGGGUGCUCUGGAGAUCCCGCUUCCAUUCGAAAUCGAGAGCCUCGUGUCAUUGCCCAACAACACCAGUGCUAUGCGGCAUUACCCCUUGGCUAAUGGUGGCUCAAUCUGGUCCAACGAAUCAACUUUCGUGUUCCCUGGCCAAUUUUCCUUUACGUCCAGGAACAACCUGAGCAGGGGCGACUUGUCCUCUAGUGCAGCCUCAAUCUCACAGCCAGAAGGCUAUGUCAUAGCUACGCCGGCCAUGGAUAUCCAAGUCGACUGGCUGUGUCCAAAUGUUUUUGCCGCAGGAACAUCCCAUAGUGGGGCCAACCUCGAGGUAAUAAGAGCAUCUACUCUCCGUGGAAACGCAGUGGUAUGCGACUUUGGGCAGAUUCCCCAGGGAAAAGCCAAUGAAAAACCUGUUUAUUCAGAUACCUGGCUUAAUAUCGGGGAUAGGGUGCGUUUCCGGGAUUCAAUAUCUGCAGCUGCAAAAUAUCCGGCAUAUCAGCACAUGCCUACUGACCAAACAUUCGGCUACGAUAUAAACAUCCUCCGUGUUACUUCCAAGAAGUCGGAGGCCACUGUUCAGUGGCAAGAUGGGACUACUACCACCGAAGCAACCACUUCUCUGCACAAAUUCUUUGGCGCUGAGGACGAAGUCUGGCCGGGAAAUUUAGUUGUCACGAAGGAUGGCAUUGAGACUAUUCGGGAGCCCUGCAAGAACAAUACAGGCCCUUUAGGGCGCCAUAUGAAGGAGACACUGCAUGUUAAGAGAGUCGGGGUGGUUCAAAAUGUGGAUAGCCAGGAGAGGAUAGCAUCGGUCCGCUGGUAUAAGGAUCCGGAUGUCAAAAUGACACAUCGGGGAAGCAUGUUAGUGCCUGGAUCCUUCCUAGGCGAACUUAGCGAUGUUGUCACAGAAGUCUCCAUCUAUGAGCUUUACUCAUAUUCUAGCAUGCAAAGGGUACUGAAUGAUCUAGUACUUCUGGCACCCAGAAUAGUUCACCGGUCAUCAAUACCAGCAACUGACAGUGAGCCGACUAGAGCAGCUGGCCCUUGUCGGCUGAGCGCUCUCUCUCCUGUCACCUUCUCUGAAACAAUUUCAUACCUCGAGUCCAUGAAACUAUCCAUGGUGAACUCUGAAUGGUUCAAAAGGACUACUGAUAUUGACAUGUCACCUGUACCCCCCAGAUACAGCGUACACCACGAAGAAUUUAGCAUCAAAUUGCCAACUGACUUCAUUGGCAAGAUCAUUUCAAUAGAUACUGAGGGCACCAUCACCAUUCGAACUGCAGGUGCCGACAGUGUUCGUGAUAUUCGCGUGCCAUGGGAGAGAAUCAUGAUGAUAAUUGAUGAGGAUAAUAUAAUUCCGCCUAUGGCGCUCCCGCCACUCGAAUUAUUGAGCCUCGCGGAUAUCGAUCGUUUUGUACAACCAGCCGACCUCCCAUUCACUGAGACGAUUGAAUAUGAGGGCAGCGAGCGUCUUGAUAAUGAUAGUGGGGAUGAUGACUGGGCGACUGAAGGCGAAUCCGAGUUUGACGAUGAGGACUUUGAGGACGUGGAAUACAACAGCGAGGAUAGUGAUGGGCUGGUGGCCCCCGCAUUGUCAAUUAUCAAUCCUCCUGAGAGACUCAACCAUAACGAGCGGGAACAGCCUGUUACUGAUGAGGCCCGAGCUGAACUUCCUCAAGUGGAAAAUAGACUACUUCUACUCUCAAUACCCUUGCCAUCGUCAUGUCCUCUGGGCUUCUCUCUGUUAGAAAGCCCUCCCCCUUCUGACCACCAUUUCUUUUCCAGGGUUCCGAGUGAAGCUCCUGGACUGCGUACCAAACGUAUACAAAAAGAAUUCGAAAUUCUCCAGUCCUCUUUACCGGCUGGAAUCUUCGUGCGGACAUGGGAGUCUAGGAUGGACCUCUUACGUGUUCUGAUAAUUGGGCCUCAAGGAACACCAUAUGAGCAUGCGCCGUUUGUGAUUGACUUUCACUUCCCUGAUGAUUAUCCUAUUCGUCCUCCAGCAGCCUAUUUUCACUCGUGGACGGACAGAAAUGGGAUGAUCAACCCCAACUUGGGAGAAGAUGGCAAUAUCUGCUUGAGUCUCCUAGGAACUUGGCCUGGGAAAAAUCCCACGGAAAGUUGGUCCCCCACCAGCUCGACGGUCUUGCAGAUCUUGGUUUCAAUCAUGGGUCUCGUAUUGGUAAAGAUGCCAUUCUACAAUGAGGCUGGCUACGAAACACUUGCUGCGGAGGAAGACAGGCGUGUCGAGUCGACCCAAUACACGGAGAAAGCCUUCCUGAUAACACGGACUUUUAUCCAACACGCCCUUGAAAGCCCUAUUGCUGGCUUAGAAGAUGUUCUAGCUUGGCAUUAUUUCGCAGAACCCCGACAGGGACAAAACGAUACUUGCAUCCGCCCACGACUACUACGUCGGGCUAUUGACGAAGCUCUUAGCAUGAUUGAGCAUCAUAACCGCACACCAGCAGGUGAAAAGCUGAGUGAGGAGCAUGCGGCAUCGGCCUUUGUGUCUCGUCUUAGUCUAGGGGCAGUUGUGAUGUUGCGAAAGCAUAUUAAUACACUGGAGAAGAUUGAAUUAGCUGCGAGUUCUGUCGAGAGGGUUUAA